GCAACAGCCAUCACGUACAGCUUGCUUCACCAAAAUGUCCUUCCUGCCUCUUGACUUCACAUUGGCCAAUCUCAAUGACGGUUCCGACUGUGAUAUGGAUGUCCUCGACUCAAUGGAGAAUGACUUGCCCAUCUUCAGCCAGGAAAGUGACCCAGAGGACUUCAUGUCAUCACAUGAGGAAAUCAGCCAAUCUCCCUUCCUUACUGAUGAAUCAAUGGACCUCUGUGAUGGAGGAAUCUCAAUUCCAGAUUGUCCGUUACAAGCUAUUGACCCUUCGCCAAAUAGGAGUCCAUUCGUCAAUCCAGCCUACUCAAACAAGGACAAUAUUGAUGUUCUGAUGUCCCCAAUCACACCUACAAAGCCAUCAGACCUCGCCAUUGAUCCCUUGACACCCACCGCUAAUUUAAAAGUCCUAAUAAGUGCAGCAAGUCCGGAGAUCAGAAACAGGGACAACAAAAAGAAAGAACUUUUCCUACAAGAAGCUUUCGAGACUGCAUCCACUUUCACAGAGACAGAGGAAUGGCAGGAGAAUAACCCAUACAAAGUCGAGGUUGAACUUGGGGGAACAAAAUGUGACCCACCAACCAGCAGAAAGGAAAAAUCUCUUGGCUUGCUGUGUUUGAAGUUUUUGGACUUGUUCCCAGAGUAUCCAAGCCCAAGUGGUGACAAUAUAGAGCUGAGUCUAGAUGAAGUUGCAAAAGAUCUUGGUGUUGAAAGAAGGAGAAUCUAUGAUAUUGUCAAUGUGUUGGAAAGUGUGGAACUUGUCAGUCGUAUUGCCAAGAACAAGUACGCCUGGCAUGGGAAACGAAAGUUGCCUCACACUCUUGCCAGACUGAAGGCCCUAGGUGAAGCGGAGGGUUAUGCCGAUAAAAUCAAGGGAAUAAAGGAUUUCGAAUUUGCCAAUGACAUGAAUGAUUUUGAUAAAAUUGAAAAGAAAUUGUUGCAAACCAGGACAAAUAGAAAGCCGCUCUCGUCUUUGGACAACUUGGGCAAUGCUCAGUCUUGUGAUGACCCCAACACACAGUCUUGUAUGGCACUUUUGGCUGCGAAAGCCAUGUUGAGGAAAGACAAGUCUCUGGGAAUAAUGAGCCAGAAGUUUCUGAUGCUGUUCUUAGUCUCGCAGCCAAGAGUUGUCAAUCUGGACCUUGCUGCUAAGAUCUUGAUAGGUGAUCCAAACAUCGACAAGACAGAGAAUUCAAAAUUCAAGACCAAAAUCCGAAGACUAUAUGACAUUGCCAACAUCCUGACAAGCCUCAACUUAAUUCAGAAAGUACAUGUGAAUGAUCUGCGAGGGAGGAAGCCUGCUUUUAAAUACAUUGGACCGACUAUGGAGGAUGUGCAAGAAACUACAGCUUGCUCCGCUGGUGGCCCUCACAGACAGAGCACGAAACAUUCCAUGUUGGAUGGUGUCCAAAAUCGAAAUGGUGAUUCAAAGGAUGACACUAGGGCUACCACUGAAGUGGUGUUGAAGACAGAAAAACGAGUUGGUGCCCUAAAGCAAGAAGCGAGACAAUCAAAUGGCAAGAAAUGCUUCAGUCGUCAUGGCUCCUUUGAUCUCAUCUGUCAAGCUGCAGAGGAGGAGAGGACCAAACUGUAUUCCUCUCUGCCACCCAGUCCUGUACCAUCACAGUCAGAAGACAAUCCACAGGAGCAUCCUACCAAUCAAGCUCCCCCAGUACAAGUAGUUCACACGAUAAUGCCUCCCGCUUCCGAGAAGAAACCAACAACAUUCCUCGUCAUCAGGUCCGACCAAGUGAAGCAAGCAAACACCAUGAAAAAGUCAGGACAGGAUCUGAUUUUGAAGAUAGCCAAUCCUUCAGGUGCUACUGCUAAACAACCUACUGUGGUGUCACUCACUAAAGAUCAAAUCAAUGCUGUGCUAAACUCUUUGAAUGUUAACACACCCUGCAGUAGUACUGGAUCGAGAUAUGUUGAUGCUUCCACCCAGUUCUCCCCUCAGCCGACGACAUUAAUGCCCGCAUUGAGCCAGCCAAUUCAGACUGCUACCGUUGGUGCAGUCCCAACACAUGUUGAAUCUGUUAAGAGAACCUUGGCGGUUGAGUACCAAGAUGAUAGUCCACUUGAACUUUGUACAAAGAAAGCGAGAGUAGAAACGCCUGUGACAGAAAAUGUUGUCAUUGAGGCUGUCACAUCUCCGACAGUUUUAGUUCGAAUUCCUGAUGUCGAGAUUUCCUGUUCAGGUGAUAAUGUUCUGGUGGGAAAAUCAUUUCUGAAAGAGGAAGUCAGUAAUCCUCAUUCUGAAGAAGAGAUGCCCAUCACAGUCUCUCCAGUUACAGUUUCACCUGAUCUUGAUGUUGUCUCAGAUGCAGUUCCGGAAGCCCCUGUAUCUGUGUCGAAUGAAGAUGUUGCAGUCCAUAGGGCCAUUUUGAGAAUAUCUCCCGAGUUCACAGACAGCUCCAACUCGCAAGAUGCAGAAGUGGCGAGAAUCAAUAUGCCGGUAUUAGAACGAGCCAAACUGAUUAGCAAAGGUCGUCCAUCUCCUUUGCGCGUGCUUCACCUUGAGCCAGAGUUCUGUGCCUCUCCAUCCAUGCCGCAGCUCCCUCGCUUGCCAAGUAACAGUCCAUCACCACAGUUACCACAUCGAGUCACUGAAAAAGAUCUUGAUCUUGCUUCUCCUUUGCGCGUGCCACCAAAGAUCAAGGAAGAAUCCCCUGCAGUGAACGAAUCAUACAAUUUCCCUGUGAUAUCCGAAGAGACACAAGCAGAAAUAGAAGGACCCAAAGUGACAAUCCCAGCCAUACCAAGGAGCUUCUACAAUGACAUUGUUAUGCCACAGCCACUGAGUCCAUCAAACUUCUCAAUGAGCCCAAGGGAAGGUCAAAGCAACUCGGUCUUUAGUUUUGGAUCAUCUGCUGUGAAUACUCCUGACUUCGAGAUGCAAAAGCUGGCCCAGUCGAGCAGACCAUCGCCUGCCAUCAUGGAGGAGCGCAGCACCCUCGUUGCACCUGGUUUAGCUCAAGUUCCUCCCAUGUUUCCUUUCAUCACCAUGACCCCUAAGACCAUCUUGCCGUCGACAAUCCAACACCAGUAUUCAACUCCAAUACAGAACUUGGCACUGGCUAACUCAAUGAAGAUGACUUUCCAUAGUAACAUCACCAAUGCAAUGACUCCUACCCAGUCCAUUGGAACACCCCUUGCUUUCACCCCUAUCACAUCCAUUGCUACUCCUGGUACUUUCUUCCGCAGCACCCCGGGCGCUAUGUUCCCUAUGCACAUGAAGGUGACUCCCUCAGAGAUGCUCUCUGAUGGUAUUUCUGCCACUUUGGUUCCUGGUGGUGGGUACAUGUUGCCCUUCAAGAAGGAGUUCAUACCGGUCAGAAAGCUUUCCAUGCCUCCAAAGGAUAACUCUAUGUCUUGAUUCAAUUUCUACCUUAGAUCGUCUCAAAACUGUUGGUUUUGUUGUUUAUGAUGCCAGCAGCUCUCACUGUAACCAUAACAGCUUUCAUGGAUAAAACACGUGAGUUAUCCCGCUAUAAAUUUGGUGAGAUGUGCUUAGAAAUAGAUUUUGCAUAAAGCCUUGCUGCAUUUUGCAUUAUUGAAUUGGAAAAUGGAGCGACAAGAAAUUGUUGUCUCAUAAAGCUGUUACGUCUUCAACACUAUUUCCCUUCUCUGUUUUAGUGUUAAAUUAUGUUACAUUGAGCUUACAUUUUAUGUGUAGUCAAUGAAAGUUGUGUUCUGUUAUGACAACAGACUGCCAAUCUUAUUUUCUUAACUUAGUUUAUGUUCUCCUACUGAAAGUGGUAGAUGCUUUCUGCCAAAUUCAUAGUUUGAAAUGUGUGGGCAAUUUGUUAUGUUUUGAUAGAAUUCUCCUGCUUUGUUUUAUCGUAGUCUAAAGAUUCGGAUUGUCUUUUCUUGAAAUGCUUUUAUAUGUGAAAGGCUUUUUCAACGGAAGAGUGGUUGUUGCCUCUGAACUUAAGUCGUUGUUAGAUUAUUUUAGAACAGGGUUCGAUAGUUUGAUAGAGAUUGUUGUUAUCGCACAAACAUCACAUUGUGUAGUGGGCUCCUGAUAUUUGUGAAAACCAUCACUGUUAACUGGGUAAUGUUCACAGCCGUUUUGUUUUCAUACUUUGGGAGGCGAACACGAACAUUGAACUUGCUAAAAUGUCAACUCUGAUGCAGUAUUUCAACAUUCAAUUGUGGCGGCAAACGUGGAAUUUAAUCUACUUCAGAUAAAAAUGAGCAAUUUGCUAACUUGUGGUUUCGCGGACAUUACCCAGGUGACUGUCUUAUGGCUUGGGCUUGUGCUGUAAACUUUUAUAGUCAACAUUUUCAGUUAGUGUGAAGACCAUGGUCUCGUCAAUCAGUUAGUAUGAAAACUAUCAAAUUUGAAAUUCAUGCAAGAUGGUACAUGUACAUGUAUUAUGGUCUUUUCAUUAUACUUUAAUCACGUUAGGUGUAUUGCUUUUAAUUUAUUCCACACGCAUUUAUAUUAUAUUCCACAAGCAUUUAUAUCGCACUUAUAGUAUUAUCGACUAGGUUCUUAGAUUUAUAGCUCCAGAGGGUUGAUCCAUUAUGGGUGCAGGGAUGGAUCUGGCUUAGCACUGACCUCUUCUUCUGUGUUAAAAAUUGGGCUAAAAUUGGCCCGAAUUUAAUAGUUAAUGGCCAAGCCAAAAACCGGAGGGUCAUUUAUAUUUUCCAAUAUGAUUAGUAUGUACUUAUGAAACUGCUAAGCUCUGUCCCUGGCUCCCUCUGGAAAUGUUAAGUUUGGAAAGGAAAGCCGAAAUGAUUGGACCAGUGUUCCCCUAAAUCACUUGCUCUGCUAUCUCAAAUUCUAUAUUAGCAGCUAUCCAUCUUUUGUCAAGAAAAGAGAAAAAGGUCUCCAACUCUGGCUUGUUCGUGAUCAGGCAAAACAGCUACAGGUUGUCUCGGAUUUACUAGUGUUUACCAAAGAUUUAUGGUGUUUUGAAACAUUGUGUUGAUGAAAUGAAUCAGAUAUGAUAUUGUUAGCUUCUGUUCGAUUGUUUUUAAUCACUGUGUAGAACAAUGAUAUUAUCUCCCGGUAUGUGUAAUCUUUCAAUCAUCCAAUGUAUCAUUGUGGUAUUUCUGGUAACGUAGGUGAUGUAGAAGAUGCUAA